CAACCGCAGACCAUUUUCUCCUCCCAACAUCUCAACCUCAAUUCUCAAACGGAGUUAAGGUUUCUGAACUCAAACCAGAAAACCAAGCAUAGCGUAGCAUAUACCCGAGUCCUGAGAUCAACUGAUUCGGAAGGUUGUUGUUAAUUUGGAAUGACAAGUGUUAUGGGGUCAGAGCGAGACAAGUACAGCAUGAUAAAUUUCGAAGAAACCGAGUUGCGACUCGGGCUGCCUCGGAAUGGAAACGAAGGAGAGUCCACACUGAAGAACACUUGUAGUACCUUCACUGGAAAGAGAGGCUUUUCGGAGACAAGCAGUGCUAGUGUGGAUUUGAAGCUUAAUCUUUCAUCAAAUAAUGUCUUGGCCUCAGCCGACAAGGCUAAAGAGAAGACCGUUGCUACCACUGUUGCAGCUCCUCCUGCUCGCGCUAACGACCCAGCAAAACCGCCUGCAAAGGCACAAGUGGUGGGUUGGCCACCAGUCCGGUCAUUCAGAAAGAACAUUGCUAACGUUCAAAGGAGUAACAACAACGAAGCAGAAAAGAAGGUGGCAGCAGCUGCCGCCGCCACCACCACCACCACCACCGCAGCUACUGCUGCAGCCACCACCAACAAUGCCGCAGCGGCUUUCGUGAAGGUGAGCAUGGAUGGUGCACCCUAUUUACGCAAGGUGGACUUGAAGUUGUACAAGAGCUAUCAAGAGCUGUCAGAUGCCCUGGCUAAAAUGUUUUGUUCAUUCACCAAUGGCAAAUGUGGAUCCCAAGGCAUGAAGGACUUGCUAAAUGAGAGCAAAUUGAUAGAUCUUCUGAAUGGCUCUGAUUACGUACCAACUUAUGAAGACAAAGAUGGAGACUGGAUGCUUGUGGGUGAUGUACCCUGGGAAAUGUUCGUGGAAUCAUGCAAGCGCGUGCGCAUUAUGAAAGGAUCUGAGGCAAUCGGGUUAGGUCUGAAUGUUAUUUACUGAUUUACAGCACCGAGAGCACUGGAAAAAUGCAAGAACAGAAGCUGAAGUCAAUUUUUUAGAUUCCACGUUCGUCAACAAUCUCUCCGGCGUCCCAGCGAAGCAAAUUGGCUCGAGCAAGGUCGAGUCUAAUAUAGGAACCAAGUUUAUAUAAAAUAGUUUUCUUGUAAAUGUAUUGUGUAUUUUAUAUAUAUUACGACAAAAUAGUUAGAAAUUAGUUAGGGACGUGAAAUGAUGUCGAGUAUGUUUAUAUGAGCCCCCUUUAUUGUUUCUAAGUAAAAAAUGUGACAAUUAUCUAUCGUUGGUGUGCUUUUUUAAUAAGAACGUUAGCUUUCG